AUGUCCUGCUACGACAUCUGCCGCCCCUGCGGACCCACCCCGCUGGCUAACAGCUGCAACGAGCCCUGUGUCAGGCAGUGCGAGGACUCCCGCGUCGUCAUCCAGCCUCCUGCCGUGCUGGUCACCCUGCCAGGACCCAUCCUCAGCUCCUUCCCCCAGAACACCGCCGUUGGAUCCUCCGCAUCAGCUGCCGUGGGCAGCAACCUCAGCGCCCAGGGAGUGCCCAUCUCUGGAGGCGGCUUCGGAGGCUUUGGCCUUGGAGGCCUGGGCUGCAUCUCUGGUGGAAGAGCCUGCUACCCCUGCUAAGGACCCAUGCCAACACCGCUGACAGAAGCCUGCAUCACCGUGCAAGCCAGAACUCAAACUGAGGAUUCACCUCUGCACUGUUCGAGGCACAUGGGCUCACCAGCCACGGCUCUUCUUCUCAUGGCACUCCACACUCUAGCAGGGAAGGGGGCCAGUCCGUGCUGCCUGGACACAUGGCUCACGGACAGCCCAUCCUCUCUCAUUUCCUUCUAUUCCUACCACCAUCUUCCAUGUCCAGUACUCUCCCCUGCAAUGGCUUGCUCACAGCCACAAACCCACCCAGCACCUUCCAUGUGUUGAUUCU